GGCAGUACUCUUACCUUCACGACUACCACCACUGUCAUCGCCGCCGUCAUCAUAAGCCGCCGCAUCAGCAAAUACAGUAACAACGACGACUGCGACUGUUUUUUUUUGUUACAGCGACAAGAAGCAAUAGCAACAACCAUAACAGAAAUGACUAACUAAAGCAACACCAGAUAAGACGAUAAUUACGACUGUUACCACUUUUACUUCGUCGUUGUCGGUAUUUAUUGUUAACGAAACCUGACAACGCCGCUUCUGCAUCUUUAUCACCAAACAAUAAUAAAUAAGGACAACAAAAACAAAACAACAACAACAAGAAUGGGAACAGCAUCAUCAUAAUCAGCAGCAGAAGGUAGAGGAAGGUAAAUAAAAAGAACAGCAGCAUCAUUAUCAUCGGUUGCAGGAGGUAGAGGGAGGCAGAGAAAAAAAGAACAACAGGAGUAGCGGUAAGAGUAGCGGCAGCAGCUGCAAGGGAGGGAAGCGCAACAGACGGAGGGGGGUGAAAGAAGUGGGAGGAAGGGAAACGGCGAGCAAGAACUGGAGUGAAAGGAUGAGGAUGGGGAGGAAAUUGGUUUUGUAAUGAUUAAUAAUGAGAGUGAGCGGCGGUGAAGGGAGAGGAGGAGGAGGAGGAAGCAGAUACCGUCAUCAGAAGAAGAAUUCUUGGACGACCACGACCACGGCCACCGUUUUAAUUCUGCUCGCUUUUUUUUUCUUCUCCACCUACGACGGGUGACAUUAGUGGACACAUUGGGGUAGACACAUCAGUGGACAUUUCAACACUAUAUAUAUAUCAAACCACAAAACCACUAGUAAUAUUAUUAUUAUUACUAUUUUCCUACUAACCUCUACUACAUCCAGCACCAUUACUAGACGUGGGUCUUUGACAACUGGUGGUGGUGGUGGUGCUGUCUUCUCUGCUGUCGGUGGUGGUGGUGGUGGUGGUCCUGGCAACCGUGCUGCUGCUCGUAGUGGUACUGGGGGUUCAGGUUCGAGCAGAGUUAUGGACAGCAGUGGAGAGAACAGCAUUUGUUACCAGUCUCUGGCCGAUGAAUCGGAAAUUGCUCAAACAGGGAUACACAUGUUGCUAAAUAAUGGAUUUCGUGAAGCAAAGUUAUUGUUCGAUUCACACAAAAAUGAAAGCCCUCUCAUGCACGCUGGCUCCACUUUUGUUUUAUUUAUGCAAGCCUUGAUGUCUUUUGAAGAAGAAAGGAUCGAAGAAGCAACUAAGGCUUUACAAGAAACAGAGAAAAAAUGCGACCCAGAAAGUGGUGUCUUCAAGACUUUACGAAGAAAAUUUUCCAAAAAAAAGCGACACCAGGAGGUUCAAAUUGGUAGCGAAGACCGAAUGCAGCGACAAAUUAUCAUAGCAGACUCCCUGUUGUACCAAGCAGUGCUUACUUUCACUCACCAGGACAUUCCUAGCUAUAUCAAAGGCGGUUGGCUUUUACGCAAGGCAUGGAAGAUCUACGAGAGACUCCAUCGUGAUAUCACUGAAAUGUUGUCUAGGCAUUCUCAAACCAAACUCAGCCAAUCAACGGACUCCAUAUCAAGCAAUAACAGUGACGUUCGGUUAACAUCAGAUUCCACGUGUACGGAUGGGAACGAUAACGAACUCACACAGGACGUGUUGGAGCGUCUGUUAGGUGCGGUAAACUUUGGCUACGGAACAUUCCAGUUGUGUGUUUCAAUGGUGCCACCAAAAAUUCUUAAGUUAAUCGAGUUCUUAGGUUUUGAAGGUGACCGCAUUGCAGGAUUAGCAGCUCUAAAUGAAACAAGCAAUAGCAAAGAUAUGAAAGCUCCGUUGGCAAUACUUGGACUCUUAUGGUAUCACACAGUACUUCGUCCAUUUUUUGCUUUAGAUGGCAUCAAGAUAUCUGCUGGUAUUUGUGAUGCAGAACUGCUAAUAAAAAAUCGGGAGAAAGAGUUCCCACGUUCUUCUCUCUUCCUCUUCUUCAAAGGGAGAGUUCACACUCUAAAGCGUGAAAAUGAAUUAGCCCUAUCUCUAUAUCGUCAAGCGCUCACCGUUGCUGCAGGCCAACGUGAAAUUGAACUCAUGUGUCUGUAUGAAAUCGGUUGGUGCAACUUGAUGAAACUAAGAUGGACAGAAUGUUUAUAUGCUUUCCAAAGACUUCGGGAUGAAUCCAAAUGGUCCAAGUGUUAUUACUCUUAUCUUCUAGCUGUUUGUCAUGGAUCCCUGGGGGACACUGAGGAUGCCCAGAACAUUUUCCAAGAUGUGCCAAGCCUUGUGCGAAGCAAGAACAAUCAGAUUGAAUCCUUUGCAUCACAUCGAGCUGAAAAAAUGAAGAGCAAUCAAGUCACGCAAGAAUUUUGCAAACUUUUCACUCUUGAAUUGGUCUUCCUUUGGCAUGCACUACCUACCUGCACUGACGAUGAGUUACGUCGAAUGCUUACAGUUUGUGAGAGUCAAACAGAUGCUCGGAUAUUCCACUUGAAGUGUCUUCUAGAAGGUACCAUCCAUAAGGAACUUGGUGAUACAGAACUUGCCAUUCAGUAUUUGGAGGAAGCACUGGCUAGGUGCAGUGGGAAGAAAGAUGAUGUGCAUGUUGCUGCAUUUUCACUCUAUGAACUGGCUUCCAUUUAUAUUACAGAUGAGCCUGCCAAAUCAAUACAGUUGUUACAGUGUAUUAAGGAGAAGUACAAAGAUUAUCAUUUUGAAAACCGUUUAACAGUGAGGGCCAACAACAUGCUACGGAACCUGAAACCAGCUGGCUAGAAGUGGGGACUUGGUUGAUUGAUGUAUGGCUAUUUUAGAAUUCUCUGGAGUGAAGUCUGGGCAAUCACAACAACAACAACAACAACUACUACUAUAUUGAUGGUGGGGGGAAGGAGGAGAGGACUAUCACUUCUGUCCCUCUGUCCCCUCCUUGCCUUGCCGUUGGAUUGCCAUACACACAUAUUCUGUUGCAAACUUACCCAGGGCUCUGUAAAGCAGCCAGUUUUCUUAUAUUUGUUGUUGUUUUACUUUUUUUAUCAUACCACUGGCAGAAGUCACAUGUCCUUGUCCUAGCCAAUAGACACAAGCCACCUAAAAACACCCACCACACCCCACCCCACAUACACACCGUUUUCUUUGUUUUUUUAAAAAAUAUUUUUCAUUAUUAUUUUUGUUGGUUUUAUUAGUGAAUAAAUGCCAUCCCAUCCUUUUCUCUCCUUCCCUCACUCUCUCUCAUUACAUACUCACAUUAUACACACACACACACACACAUUCUGAUGUUUUUUUCCCUUGUUUCACUUUUUACUACCAUUCUAGUCACACCAAACAUUGUUGCCUCUCGUUAUUAUAGAAGUUUGUUUUGUUUUAUUUUAUUUUUCUUGGGUCCCCUUUUACUUCAAAAAUUAUUUUUAAUGCACAUAUGUGUGUUCAAGUAUGUAUCUGUGAGUAUUAAUAUACAUACAUACAUUAUAUAUAUAUAUAUAUAUAUAUAUAUAUAUAAAAUGUCUGUUUGUAUGGAGUUUUCUUUGUAGAGAGUGAUAGAACUUCACGUUUGACAGACAAGGUUUUUUUCUUUUUCACAUCUACUUUGCACUGCGAAGGAUCUGCUGUAUAAGUUUUUGUCAUCUGUCCAUGAUAAAUCCACAUUUUUGAUAGUCAAGCUCUUUGGUAUAGACCAAGGGACUACAGAAGCCUUAAAACUCAAACGCAACCCGACCAUGCUGAUGUCUUUGAUUCAAGAGGUUUUUAUUUUUCUGCAAUUUCACAUCUUUUACUACUUCUCUUUUUUUAUUUCUGAUAGAUUACCAAAACACUUGAGAGUUGAGGUGCCACUGGUAAUGGAUUUUAAGGAGACACUGCUGCUCUUUGAAGAAUAUAAUUCUCUUUGGCUUUAAAGUUACCUUUGGUUUUUGUUGCAAUACUAGCUAUUCCAGAAAACAGUUUACCGUAGUCAGUUGAAAGUAUAGAAAUCACUUCUGCUGGUUUCACAUAUUUUAUCUUUCUUCACAAAGUAACAUCUUUUGUUGGACAUAGAUUCCAAUUGAGUUGAUUUUUAUAUUAGAUUUAGCUUUUGAUGCUCUCCUUUAUAAUUAACGAUCUUAUUCAUAAGUAAAUCCUAUUUGCUUUUUGGUCUUUCUUCUUUCAGACUUGAUAUGUCACCUUAUACAAGUCUUUUCACUCUCAGAGCUACCAGCUAAGCCCUUUUUACCUUGUCUGGUUUGCUUUUACUGUGCUGACCACAUUGUUUUUUUUGGGGGGGGGGGGUUGUAAACUUCCUUAUUGAAGUUCCACCUUCUCCUCAUUCUCUGGUACCUGAUGAACCCUUCUUGGCAAGCAGUUAUGUUUGUCAGAAACAUUUAUAGUAUUAUUGUAUUGAGCAUCACUUUUUUUUUUCCAGAGUCUGAGCUUCUUUGAAUUCAUUUUAUUUGCCCUCUUGAACAUUAUCAUCUUUAUUAGUCUGGGAUUUUAUUAUUAUUAUUAUUAUUAUUAUUAUUAUUAUUAUUAUUGUUUUUAACCAAAGAUUCCUUAUCAUUUUUCACAAAUCUCUUUUGAGAUCAGAUUGGUUCUGGAUAAGAUUUCUUCAUGACAUCACUUGCUGUAUCUUCUUAUACUUCAGUGUAUCAGUGUAUUGAUCUAAAUGUUAUAGAUUGAAUAUUUAAAAGUUAGUCAGGAGAGUAGGAGCAGUUUCCAUGACUUUUGCAGGCUCUCUGGAACCGGUGAGAUUACUGCCAUUGAUGCUCAGCUUGAACAUUUGAAGGUCAAUAUUUGCAGAGAAAAAACAUGUAAUUGUAAGAGGAAUUACAGACAGUUGGUGUUCUGAAGAGAAUGGACUGGACAAAAUGUUUUGUGCUAGGUCUGGCAGGGAAAACAUAGUGAGGGUGAUAGAAGAUGGAGUCGGAUAAGGCUGAGCAGAAAGCUAUGCAAAUAGCUACUUGACAAGAACAGAAGCUGUUGUAAGUAGUGGCAGAUGAUACAGUGGAGGGGAGCUUCACAUCUGUGAAAUAAUGAUUGUAGCAUAUUUGCUGAGAGAUAAUCAAAUACUAUGGAGGCCUAGCAUUGUAGCAAGUUUGAAGGUGGUUUUGUUAGUUAUGUGUUGUUUCAUGAUUAGUAGAUAGACUGAUUAUUGUUGAUUAUUUUUGACAUUCCAUGAUGAAAUCUUAUCUAGAACCAAAUGAAUUUAUUGAUCAUUUCUACCAGUCUGCUGUACCAAACAAUCAACCAACACAGGAGCAACCCAUACAAGAACCUAUCAAGUUGUAACAUGGGUUCAACAGAUUACAAAUUUAGAGUUUUAUUCAGUGACUUACUCACUCCAAAUUGUUUUGAUGAACUAAAAAAAAAAAAAAAACAUUAAAUUUUUCAUACAACAAUAAAAACUAUUUUGUUUUCUUUCCUUUU